AAUGGCGGGUGUAUGGAAUUGUAAUACUGUUUUUGUUUAUUUUUAUUUUGAACUCCAAUUUGAAAACGUGUAAAAAUUUAUCACUAAAGUGUGCAAAUAUUUUUUAGUAAUAAUUAAAUUUAUAAGUGUUUCAAAAAAAAAUUUAAUUUUAAAAUUCCCGAGAUGCCGCCGAUGUCCAAAGGAUUCGGCGAGCAUAUCGAGGAUUACAAAGUACUUGAAUUUCUGGGCAAGGGUGGAUUUGGAUGUGUUUAUAAAGCAAAAUGUUUAAAUACAAGAAUAGACGUAGCGAUCAAAAUGAUCGACAAAAAUUUAAUGCAACGCCAUGGAAUGAUUGGCAGAGUACGUGAUGAAGUAGCUAUUCAUUCACGAUUAAAACAUCAGUCUAUUCUAAAGCUUUAUACAUAUUUUGAAGAUGCUAAUUAUGUUUAUAUGGUACUAGAAUUGUGUCCUAAUGGAGAUUUACAACGUUUUUUAAAAGAUCAUUAUCCUCAAGGGCUAUCAGAAGAUGAAGCUGCCAGAGUUAUAAAACAAGUAUUAGAGGGAUUGCUUUAUUUACAUAAUCAUAAAAUACUCCACAGGGACAUGUCUCCUUCUAAUUUAUUAUUGACUGCAGACAUGCAAGUGAAAAUAGCUGACUUUGGACUAGCAACAUUAUCAAAACCUAAUGAAAAUCAUAUGACUUUAUGUGGUACACCUAAUUACAUUUCACCUGAAGUCGCGACAAGAUCAUCACAUGGCCCACAAGCCGACGUAUGGGGUUUAGGAUGUUUGUUGUACACUUUGUUAGUAGGCAAAGCUCCAUUUGAUACUGAUGGUGUAAAAAGUACUUUGACUCGUGUUGUCAUGGCUGAUUAUACAAUACCAUCUUAUUUAUCUGACAAAGCAAAAGAUUUAAUAAGUCGUUUAUUAAAAAAAAAUCCACAUGAUAGAAUUGAAUUACGUGAUAUUUUAAAGCAUCCAUUUAUUACAUCCAAUGAUCAAAAAUUCCAGGAAAAAGUUUUAUUGAGCAGAGCAUUAUCGCGAGAUAGAAUGGCUGAUUCAGGAUUAGGUAAAACAAUGUCUUCAGUUGAUCGAAUGCCUCGAGGUCGCUCUCGUUCAGAAGAGCGUGCUUCGAUGGUACCAUCAAUGUCUACUCCGUUAGCACCACAGUUUACUGUCAGAAGUGAUCCUUUAACUGAAAGAAACAAUUAUCAGAAUAACUUUGCCUAUCAAAGUAAGCGAAAUGAUUAUUCUCGAGAGCAGACAUCUGUACUUUCAGGUAUACCACCACCUCGUAGUAGAGUAUUUUCACGAACUUCUCAAAACAGUUGUGAAGAUAUUAAUCGUCAGAAAAAUGAUAAACAAAGAUGUCGAGAGCAAGCUAUUGAAAGUCUUAAAGAUCAAGAUGUUAACACAAAAUUACAAAUUCCACCCUUAAAUUCUCAAAGACUUUUGCCGACAAGACAUCGUACGAAAAAUGCUGUUCUUACAAUUCUAGAUAGUGGAGAAGUGUGUAUUGAAUUUAUAAAGAAAAAAAAUAGCAAUAUGGAACGCAUUGGGGAAGUUUGUAGAAUAUCAAGUGAUGGUUUGCGAAUUGCUAUUUAUAAAUUAAAAGAAUCUACACCAAUUGGUGAUGAACCACCUCCAUUACCUUCUUAUGGUGCUGAUAAUAUUUAUUCAUAUGAAAGUUUACCUUCUCGACAUCAUAGGAAAUAUAUUUAUGCUGCGAGAUUUGUUAAACUUGUUAAAGCAAAAACACCUAAAGUAACAUUAUAUACUGAACGUGCUAAAUGUCAAUUUAUGGAAAAUGGACCACAUCCAGAUUGUGAAAUACAUUUUUAUAAUGGUAUUAAGAUAACCUGUGUUGACGGUGUCGUAAAAAUAACAGAUUCAGUUGGCAAUAGUUAUGGAGAAGGAGAAGUACCACAUGAAUUAGAAGAAUAUUAUGAACAUUACAGAGAAUGUUAUAAACGUUGUUUACUUCUUGAAACAACAUUAACUUCAUUAGAAUCUGCUACAGGUCAUUCGUAUUUUCCAGCAAUUAUUGGACGGAAACCUCUGUCUGCUGGAAGUAUUCCUUCUUUGCAAGGAAAAGAAAAUAUAUCACGAAUGACAAAUAGCCCACCUGUGAUGCCUUCAUUUGAUGCUACUUGUUCGGUAAUGUCUGCAGUAACAUCAAGAUCUAAAAAAACAACUUCUAUUCGUUCAUCACAGUAUGCAUUUAAUAGAGUCAUUAUUCCUGGAAUUGGAGUAGCAAUUCAAUUACCAAAUGGAGACGUUAAAAUAGAGUAUAAAGAUGGAUCUGCAAUAACAGUUCGUCCAGAUAGUCGUGGUGGUGGAGUAUUAUACGAAAACGAUAAUGGUGCGAUUACUAAAUAUUCAAAAAAUCAUCAUCAAAAUGUUCAAAUGCCUUAUGAAGUGAAGGAAAAAUUACGACAUUUACCUACAGUCAUUACUCAUUUAGUACAACCGAAACAUCGAAAUAUAAGAUGAUCAAUUUUUUUAUUAUAUUUUUAUUUUUUUUUUUUACAAUUCAAAUGACAUGAGUGUGAAUGUAGUAGACAUCAGGAAAAUUUUAAAUUAUUAAUAAAUAGACUAAAUAAUUAAUAAAAUAAAAUUUGAAAAAAUGCGCAUUUGAAA